AUCUACUAUCUACUAUGGUUAAAUAUAUAAGUAUGAUCACAAUUGUUUAUUUUUUAGCUUUUUAUGGAGAGAAAACUCAGCUGGCAGUGAUAUUUAGUACCAGCUAGAUUGAAAUAAAACAGGAAUCACUACCAGUGACGGCCAUUGUACCUGUGUAUCACAAAGUUGUGAUUAUACCUAUAUAUUUAGCCAUGCCAUCUACAUCAUGACUGUUGGCUUCAAGCACGAUGUGCUUGAUCAUCGAGACUACAAGUAUAGGCACCGAGUCAGGCAUCUAUUCUAGUAUAUCUGUGCUUUAUUUUUACAUUGAACUUUAAUCCUUAAUCGGAAUCAGUAAAACAAACCGGUUUAUGAUUUCGUAUUUCUUGCUAAUUAUAGCUAUAUAAAAAAACAGUUCUAAUACAUCUUAAUUCGUGAGUAAUAUAAAUACAGGAGUUGAAUAGGCAACAUUUUGUACAAAUUUGGAAACUACUGGGCAUUCUUAUCAAAUAUUGAUAGCGGAAUGUACGUAAUACGUUUUAAAAUUGUCUAGUUUCUGUAGCCUAGACAUAAUAUAUAAAAAAAGUCUAUAUUUGUAAGACUGUUACUACAUUUUCUACAACCGUACUUCUAAUCUAGAUUUCAACCAAAAUGGAAGAAGACUUAAAAAAAAUAUCUUUUUCGUUUAAACGUGUAUCAUCUAAACCCAAGAUAUUACCAGCUAUGUCAAAAACUGAUACAGAGAAAACUGUCCAGUUUAUUGAAUGCGUUGAUGAGAAAUUUAUCAAAUGUGUUGGGUUAGUUGAAUGUAAUGACGAUCAUGGUGAGCUAGUUAUACCAAUGCAACAUACAAUUAAACGUUAUUCGCCUACCAAAUUCAUUGAGACAAAACAAAACAGCACCAAAAACCAAAUUCAAGAAAAUGGAGCACCUACAUUGGAUGAAAUAGCUGUGCAAGCAAUAUUGUCAGACGUUCAAAAAACAGAAGACCAAGAAGAUAAAGAUGAAAAUAAUACAAAAAUAAUUGAACUACCAAGUAUAGUUAAUCCUCCUGAAGGUAAGGAAACAUCUACAGUUGAAGAUUAUGAGAAAAUACCUGUUAAUAAAUUUGGAUUAGCCAUGCUUCGAGGUAUGGGUUGGGAACAGACAAAAGGUAUAGGGAAAAGUUCAAAAGUAAUUACUAAUAGUUUACCUGAGCCUAGGCCUAAAGGAAUGGGUUUAGGUGCUGAUAAAUUAAUUAAAUCUGUGCAGAAAGAACAAAAUUCCGAGGAAGAACUGAAACUUACACAUGGGUCUUAUGUACAGUUUGUACUUGGCAGAUUAGAUGGGCAAUAUGGAGAAGUUAUAGGUUUUGACGAAGGAGAUUCAAGAACAGUGGUGAAAAUAGCUCGUACUAGUCAAGUGGAAAAAGUGAAUGAAACUACAUUUCGUUUGGUAACCAAAAGUGACUAUGAUAAAAACAGUAAAGUCAUUAAUAUUAAAAGAUACAAAGAAUACCACGAAGGUAAAACUAAAUCAGAUAACAGUGAUAAUGAAGAUGGUACACAUUCUUAUGAGAGAAAAAAAAAUAGUAUACCAGACAUUUACAGUUCGAGACAUCACAAAACAAAAAAAAGCAAGCAUUCCAAAUCUCCUCAUAGGAAACAUAAAUCUGACCAUAACAAACAUAAAAAGUAUAAACACAAAAGGUCUUCUUCUUAGUAUGUAUAUAUUAUUAAUUACUAUGUAUCAUGUUUUCAUUAAAUAUUUGUAUACAAAUUUGAAUUCAAAUUUUCACAUUCUGUUCCAUAUAACAUAUUAUUUUAAUGAAUAAUUUUAUCUUACAUCUAUACGUAUCUCUACUAUCUACAGUCAACUCUGUAUUUUUACAUUGAAUUGUUAGUUAUUAAAAUUGAACUAUU